AACCUCAGCCUGCAGGCUGUGAAAAUAAGCCGUCUGGAUUCUGCCAGCACCCGGUCGGGGGUUCGGGGAAGAAGACAAAAAACUGCUCUCUUUCCCCGCUACUUGUGCUUAUCCAAGUUUUGCCUUUUAAUAGGAUCAUGGCCCAAGUAGCAAUGUCUACCCUGCCCGUCGAAGAUGAGGAGUCUUCGGAGAGCAGGAUGGUGGUGACAUUCCUUAUGUCUGCUCUUGAGUCCAUGUGUAAAGAACUGGCCAAGUCCAAGGCAGAAGUGGCCUGCAUCGCAGUGUAUGAAACAGACGUAUUUGUUGUUGGAACAGAGAGAGGACGUGCUUUUGUCAACACCAGAAAGGAUUUUCAGAAAGAUUUCGUAAAAUACUGUGUUGAAGAAGAAGAAAAGGCUGCAGAGAUGCAUAAAAUGAAAUCAACAACACAGGCAAAUCGAAUGAAUGUAGAUGCUGUAGAGAUUGAAACACUCAGAAAAACAGUUGAGGACUAUUUCUGCUUUUGCUAUGGGAAAGCUUUAGGCAAAUCAACAGUGGUACCUGUCCCAUAUGAAAAGAUGCUACGAGAUCAGUCAGCUGUGGUGGUUCAGGGGCUUCCAGAAGGAGUAUCCUUUAAACACCCUGAAAACUAUGAUCUUGCAACCCUGAAGUGGAUUUUGGAGAACAAAGCAGGGAUUUCAUUUAUCAUUAAGAGACCUUUCCUAGAGCCAAAGAAGCUCCUAGGUGGUCGAGUGACGGUAACAGAUGCUGAAAGGUCAAUGCUAUCUCCAGGUGGAAGUUGUGGCUCCAUCAAAGUGAAAACUGAACCCACAGAAGAUUCUGGCAUUUCUCUGGAAAUGGCAGCUGUGACAGUAAAGGAAGAAUCAGAAGAUCCUGAUUACUAUCAAUAUAACAUUCAAGGAAGCCAUCAUUCUUCAGAGGGCACUGAAGGAACAGAAAUGGAAGUACCAGCAGAAGAUUCUACUCAACAUGUCCCUUCAGAAACAAGUGAGGACCCCGAAGUUGAGGUGACUAUUGAAGAUGAUGAUUAUUCUCCACCUACCAAGAGACCAAAGAGCAAUGAGCCUCCCCAGCCACCAGUCACAGAACCUGCCAAUGCCGGCAAACGGAAAGUGAGGGAGUUCAACUUCGAGAAAUGGAAUGCUCGAAUUACUGACCUGCGUAAACAAGUUGAAGAGUUGUUUGAAAGAAAGUAUGCUCAAGCUAUAAAAGCCAAAGGUCCUGUGACGAUCCCGUACCCUCUUUUCCAGUCCCACGUGGAAGAUCUUUAUGUAGAAGGACUUCCGGAAGGAAUCCCUUUUAGAAGGCCAUCUACUUACGGAAUUCCUCGCCUUGAGAGGAUAUUACUUGCAAAGGAAAGGAUUCGUUUUGUGAUAAAGAAACAUGAACUUUUGAAUUCAACACGUGAAGACUUACAGCUUGAUAAACCAGCUUCAGGAGUAAAAGAAGAGUGGUAUGCCAGAAUCACUAAGUUACGAAAGAUGGUAGAUCAGCUUUUCUGCAAAAAAUUUGCUGAAGCCUUAGGGAGCACCGAAGCCAAGGCUGUACCUUACCAGAAAUUUGAAGCACAUCCUAAUGAUCUCUAUGUGGAAGGACUACCAGAAAACAUUCCUUUUAGAAGUCCCUCGUGGUAUGGAAUCCCAAGGCUGGAAAAAAUUAUUCAAGUGGGCAAUCGAAUUAAAUUUGUUAUUAAAAGACCAGAACUUCUGACUCACAGCACUACUGAAGUUACUCAGCCAAGAACGAAUACACCAGUCAAAGAAGAUUGGAAUGUCAGAAUUACCAAGCUACGGAAGCAAGUGGAAGAGAUUUUUAAUUUGAAAUUUGCUCAAGCUCUUGGACUCACAGAGGCAGUAAAAGUACCGUACCCCGUGUUUAAAUCGAACCCCGAGUUCCUUUAUGUAGAAGGCUUGCCAGAAGGAAUUCCCUUUCGAAGCCCUACCUGGUUUGGAAUUCCACGACUUGAAAGGAUUGUCCGUGGAAGUAAUAAAAUCAAGUUUGUUGUUAAAAAACCUGAACUAGUUAUUUCCUACUUGCCUCCUGGAAUGGCUAGUAAAAUAAACACUAAAGCUUUGCAGUCCCCGAAAAGACCACGAAGCCCUGGGAGUAAUUCAAAAGUUCCUGAAAUUGAGGUCACUGUUGAAGGCCCUAAUAACAGCAACCCUCAAACCUCAGCUGUUCGAACCCCUACCCAGACUAAUGGUUCUAAUGUUCCCUUCAAGCCUCGAGGGAGAGAGUUUUCCUUUGAGGCCUGGAAUGCCAAAAUCACUGACCUAAAACAGAAAGUUGAAAAUCUUUUCAAUGAAAAAUGUGGUGACGCUCUUGGCCUUAAACAAGCUGUGAAAGUGCCGUUUGCGUUAUUUGAGUCUUUCCCUGAAGACUUUUACGUGGAAGGCUUACCCGAGGGUGUGCCGUUCCGACGACCAUCUACUUUUGGCAUUCCAAGGCUGGAGAAGAUACUCAGAAACAAAGCCAAAAUUAAGUUCAUCAUUAAAAAGCCUGAAAUAUUUGAGACGGCAAUUAAGGAGAGCACCUCCUCCUCGAAGAGCCCUCCAAGAAAAAUAAAUUCAUCGCCCAACGUUAAUACUACUGCAUCAGGUGUUGAAGAUCUUAACAUCAUUCAGGUGACAAUUCCAGACGAUGAUAAUGAAAGACUGUCAAAAGUUGAAAAAGCUAGACAGCUAAGAGAACAAGUUAAUGACCUCUUCAGUCGAAAAUUUGGUGAAGCCAUUGGUAUGGGUUUCCCUGUGAAAGUUCCCUACAGGAAAAUCACAAUUAACCCUGGCUGUGUGGUGGUUGAUGGCAUGCCUCCUGGAGUGUCAUUCAAAGCCCCCAGCUAUCUGGAAAUCAGCUCCAUGAGAAGGAUCUUAGAUUCUGCUGAGUUCAUUAAAUUCACAGUCAUUAGACCAUUUCCAGGACUUGUGAUUAAUAACCAGUUGGUUGAUCAGAGUGAGUCAGAAAGCCCAGUGAUCCAAGAAUCAGCCGAGCCAAGCCAGUUGGAGGUUCCUGCGACAGAAGAAAUAAAGGAGACUGAUGGAAGCUCUCAAAUCAAGCAAGAACCAGACCCUACGUGGUAGACCUCUUCCCUCCUUAGGCUUAAAGUAUCAGUGGGUGAGAAGAGCUUUUCGGACCUGUUACUGCCCCAAGCUGUGUAAUAUACUUGUAUAACAGAAAUACCUUCUAUACAAACCUUUUUUUCUACUUUUAGAUAGAAAUGUCUACUUUUUCAGCAGUUCUGUGAAUUGAAUUAAAGAGCAGAGUGACUGUAGAUUUGGAAUGGCUGGUUUCCUUUGGAAUGUAUUAUAAGGAUUUUACAGCAGUGCUGGAAAAACGACAGGGAAAAUGACAGGGAUGAAUUGCAUCAGAUUUUUUACGUAUUCAGCAGAGCCUUCAGCUGUGGUGUUUGUCUCCCAAUCAAGUGAAGAUCUCUCCUACUGGAACAUCUCAGCUUCUGCAGUGAAGAAAAUACCUGUGAUAGUUCAGCUCUUUAGUUUUUCUAUUUGAAAAAUCACUUAAUUGAUCCUUUUGUUCACGGUUCUCCUUAAUGACUGAGUGAACAGUUAAUAUCUGUAUAUUUGACUAAACCUUUUCCUAAGCUCUCUAUCAUGGUUCAUAUGUUUUUUAUCGUAAUUAAAAACCAACCAUCUGGAUCACCUAACAGCCAGUAAGAGGUCAGUAUCUCAGCGUGUGGCUUAUAGAUGGAGUACAGAGAACCUCUUCCAUCCACAUUUACUUUUCAUCCAAAUAAAAUGCAUGGUGUACCAGAAGUUUCAGAUCAGGUAUAAGUGUUUGGGCAAGCUGAAUGACACUAAAGCCUCACUAUCAUGUAACCCACUGUGGUGUGGAAUUCUUUGGAACACUAUUCCAGCUUGGAUCAGACUCAAGGGGGUUUCAUUGCCUUCGUUACUUUACAAUUCUACUUGUAACAUUGAGGCUCCAGUGUGGGGAGUGAGGGGUCAGUAAGCUGAUUCGGCACCCUCUGAUAUUCUGCGCCAUUCGUAGGAGAAUCUUACAUGUGUUGAGAUUUCACAAACAGUAAGAGUUGUAAAAUACCAGCUAUAUGAAAAGCUAGAGUAUGUGAUGGCAUAGAGUUUUCAUUAGCUUUAUCACAAUAUUCACGAUGGAGAAUUAUAUUACAUGGUAGCAGAAAUAGGCAUUUUUAUGUGUUGCUUAUAUUUUACCUCAAAUUAAAUUGUAGAUAUAGGGUAAUAAAUAAAAUCCAUCCAUGCCUUUCA